AUGAGCGACAAGGAGAAAAAACAACUGGUCUCGGAAGUCAACAUCCUGAGGGAAUUAAGACAUCCAAAUAUCGUCAGAUACUAUGAGAGAUUCGUCGACAGAGAAAACUGUUUGAUUUAUAUCAUUAUGGAAUUCUGUGACGGAGGCGACUUGGCUUCAAUCAUUAAACGAUGCAGACGGGAAAACAAACGAAUACCAGAAGAUGUAAUCUGGCAAAUAUUCGUUCAAUUACUACUAGCACUGAAUGAAUGUCAUUUCGGAGGGAGUGGCAAGUCUGGUCCACAUCCUGCUAUCUUGCAUAGAGACAUCAAACCUGAUAAUGUGCUACUGGAUGCACAUCAAAAUGCCAAACUAUCUGAUUUCGGAUUGUCCAGAGUCAUUGAUUGCCCUGAAAGCGAGUUUGCGAGGACUUAUGUUGGAACGCCAUUUUACAUGUCUCCAGAAUUGGUGACAGAAACGUCUUACAACAUGAAAUCAGAUAUAUGGGCAUUAGGUUGUCUAUGUUAUGAGCUCGCGGCUCUGGAACCACCGUUUCAGGCAAAAACUCAAGCUGGACUGGCACUUAAAAUCAAACAAGGGAGAAUACCUCCUUUGCCAUCGCAGUAUUCUCCUGAUCUUAAUCGGUGUAUACAGGCCAUGUUGCAAGUUAAUCAUUUGAAGAGACCAACUGCUGCUGACCUGCUAAGGGUUGAUAGGAUUAAAGUCGUGCUGCGAGAAAGAGAGUUGAACCAAUUAUCGAUUGAACUGAAAAAGAGGGAAGAUGAAAUAAAGAAGCGUGAAUCAGCUAUAGAGACUAGAGAGGCCACUUUAAACGGUAUAGAAGAAGCACUGAGGAGACGAGAAACUGAACUUGAAGAACGUGAAAAGGCUGUUUCUUUGCAAUACAAACGAAUUCUAAAUGCCCAUUUCAUUUCUGACAUAUUAGCUCGUCAAUGGUAUGCUCCUCGGGAGAGGACUUAUAGUCCCAAUGUGUACUCGUCCUCAUCAGCAAUGAGCACAUCGCCGUCAAUGCCAACAGUCGCUUUGCAUACAACGUAUGCAGCUCUCAGUCCAACCAACACUUCCAUAACACGAAGAAAGAGUAUGGCUAUGGCUGGCAUGGUUGUGUCUGGUGCUCCAAGUAAUAGUAACGUUAUGCGUGAUAUUACACGUGAUGUUGGAAGAUUGGGGCUUGUGGGGCCAAGUAAUUUUGGUGGACUUGUUGGGCAUCGUUGA